AUGCGUAAAAGGAGCAAGUUUUCAUGGUCAGACAAAGCUGAUGAAGCCUUUGAAGAUGUCAAAACAAAGUUGAUUAUUGCACCACUGUUAAUGCUACUAGCAAGCCGUUUUAAUUACAUUGUGACGUAUCGAAGUACAUAUGACGUGGAGUUCAAUGGAAUAGUUCAGGAUUUGAAGCAUUGGCAUCACUAUCUUAUUCAUAACGAUUCUUUAAAGCACAUCAAUAGUCAAGAAAAUCUUUCUUUUAGACAUGGUAAGUGGGAUGGUUAUCUACAAGAGUUCACUUUUGUGCUGAAACACAAGGCUGGAUCGCAGAAUCAAGUUGUUAAUGCCUUAAGUCGCAGGAGUCUGUUUCUCAAUACUAUGAGAACUGAGGUAUUGGAUUUCGAUUCAUAUUCUGAUCUUAUUAAAAUUGACCCGUAUUUCACAGAGAUUGUGAAUGUUCUCAAUACAGGAGCAAGAAGUGAAUACCAUAUGCAUGAUAGUUUUCUCUUCAAGGGAAAUCAAUUAUGUAUUUCAGAUUCUAGUCUCAGUGUCAAGAUUCUCAAAGAUUUACAUGACGAAGGACAUAUGGGCAGAGACAAGACUUUUCAACUUGUUUCGAAUUCGUAUUACUAG